GGCUGACAAGCAGGUUCCAACAGCUCUUACGUGGCUUGAUCGCAUUGCACAGUGACUCUGCAGAUGAUAUGGUCGAGCAAGACUUGGCAAACCACCCCUUUGCUUCCUUGGACGACUUGAAAGAAGCCAAAGAAGGCGAUCAGGCGUUACCAGCUAUGGGGAAGGCGGAAGCUCCUCUGGAAGCCUCGGGCAUUCCUGCAGAUGCCUUUACCGACGAUGGCAUUCUUAAGAAGCCGUUGAACGCCUUUCGCAUGUGGCUCAGGGAUACUACUCGGAACCAGAGACUAGCGAUGGCAGGUGAAGCGGGCUUCGAGCACAGUCACACGUUGACCUUGCAGAGUCGCGUCUUCAAAGAGUUGCUCGAUCAGGACACCCGCAAUGCCUAUGCGGACCAAGCCCGGGCGCAGAAGUCUCUGUACAAAGAACGCGAGAGCAUAUUGAAGAGCGCCGGAAUGCUUGAUGCGCUGCGCCCUAUGAGGAAGCGUCCCAGCAACGCCACAGCCGACUCGGCCAAAUUUGCGGACGACGAGCGCGACAAGCAGUCUGACCAGCACGACUCCGAAGAAAUCCUGAUGGGCGAUACGGCGCCCAAGAACCUUCCAUUGGCCAAGCGCGGGAAAGGCUCGAAAGCGAGCAAGACUCCGACUGUCUUGAAGAGAGCGGUCAGAUCCAAUCCGUCCGCUCAGCUUGCUGGCAAACGCAUCAAGAUCAAAGGUCGCCCUUCCGGAAGGCCUGCUCCCACUGGCCUAGUCUGUUCGCAAGACCUCGAGCUACGAGUUCGCUCCAAUGCUCUCGAAACGCCUCGAAAUGACGAGGUAGCGAUUGCGGAUGCGCGAAGGCUAUCUAGCUUAAGUGCGGCUGGCGUCUUUGUCAAUCGUUCGAGUUGGUCACCGUCUGACCUGUCAACAAGCCAGACGACGAUGCGUGGCAGCCAGCUUCCAGCCAGCAAUCCUUGUUGGGGCCAGAUCCCAUGGGCCAACGACGGGACCAGUGGUUCCGCUUCUCCUGGCGAUACGUCCAUUAUGGCUUAUCCAACGCGAAACAUUCGCCGAGCAUCGUCUGAGCCCAGCUGCAUGGCGUUCGAGUACAUGUUUGCGGAUGAGCCUCCAGAACCUUGUAUCGACCUCGUUCCUGUGAGUACCAAGCAGGUGUCUUUGUCGCCGAAGUAUUUCUGACGAGUAGACUGUCUUGUGCCUCCAGUCGCAGCCACUUGAGCAGAAAAAGCGACCACUCAUAAAGAAGAAGAGACCGAACGAUGGGACGUCGCCCCUUGAGCACAUGCACGCUGCAGAUAUGUCUAUGCAGUCCCAACUGCCGCAUACCACGGACGAUGGCGCACCACCUCUGCAACGCUUGAUCGAUCGUUACCAACGUCAUCGCCAAGAAUUUUCGGAGCAGGUCAGCGCAGCCAAAGAACACGGUUCCCCGAUGGAGAUG